AUGGCCCCUGCUGCUGUCGAGACUCUGCCCGUCCAGCUCCCCGUCCACUCGAGCUACAAGAGCUACGGUGGAGAAGCUCCCCCCGGCGACUACAAGGAGAUCAGCACUGCCAAAUUCUCCGAAGAGGUUGAGAAGAAGGGCACUGGUGACUUUGCCCCCGCUUCGUACCCCAACUACCUCCCCACCUGGAACCCCGAGCAAAAGUACGCCCCGCUCGAACCCUUCGAGCACGUCGAGCACGGCAAGGACGCCGACCCAACCUACCCGGAGCUUCUCGGCGACGGAGUGACCAUCACCCACCUGACGCCCAAGACCGGCUCCGAGGUCCGGGGCAUCCAGCUCUCCAAGCUCUCGUCCGCCGGCAAGGACCAGCUGGCGCGCCUCGUCGCCGAGCGCAAGGUCGUGGCCUUCCGCGACCAGGACUUGGCCGACCUGCCCAUCGCCGAGGCCCUCAAGUUCGGAGGCUACUUCGGUCGCCACCACAUCCACCCCACCUCUGGUUCUCCUGAGGGCCACCCCGAGAUUCACCUCGUGCACAGGCAGGCCGGUGAUAACGCCAUUGACACGUUCUUUGCCAACCGAACCAGCUCAGUGGCGUGGCACUCGGACGUUUCCUACGAGGCCCAGCCACCCGGGACAACCUUUUUGUACGUCCUGGAUCUCCCCAGCACUGGUGGAGAUACCCUCUUCGCCAAUGCGGCUGAGGCGUACAACCGCUUGAGCCCGCUAUUCCAGGAGAGAUUGCAUGGGCUUAAGGCCAGGCACUCUGCUAUUGAGCAGGCGAAUGGAUCUGUGAGGCGCGGAGGCAUUAAGAGGCGGGAGCCCGUCGUCAACGAGCACCCCAUCGUCAGGACUCAUCCCGUCACUGGCGAAAAGGCCCUCUUCGUCAACCCUCAGUUCACUCGUAACAUUGUUGGCCUCAAGAAGGAGGAAUCCGAUGCCAUCCUCAACUUCCUCUACGACCACCUCGCCUGGGGCGCCGACUUCCAGGUUCGUGUCAAGUGGGAGAAGGGCACUGUCGUGGUCUGGGACAACCGCGUGACGCAGCACUCCGCCAUCGUCGACUGGACCACCGGCGAGAGGAGGCACCUUGCUCGCAUUACGCCGCAGGCUGAGAGGCCCUACGAGACGCCGUUUGUGGCCAAGUCGUAA